GGGCCGGACGGCUGGGGGUGGGGAGGCCGAGGUCCCGGCUCCUCCAGCCCCUUCCGCCGCCCCUCCUCUCCGCUCCCUGCUCCUGCUUUCCCUUCCCGGCGGGAAGGCGCCGGGCUGGCCUCUUUCCCCUUCGUGGCAAAGCCUUGAACCGGCGGCCGAUGCCACUUCCUUCCCGGGCAGCGCCCUCGCCCGCACUCCCUCCGGCCUGCGUUCGGGGCUGGACAUCCCUCCUGGAACCCUGAAGCGGGCCUGGGAGGGACAGAGGGCUAGAGGAGGGCCUCGACUCUCCGAGGGAUGGAGGGGAUGGAGGCGGCGGCGGCCGAACCUGCGGGCGGCAGCCCUCAAAGAGAGGAAGAAAGGGGCGGCUGGGCUGCAGAGAUCAACUUGGGUGCCCAAGAAAGGGAGCAGAACAGCCAGCCCCAUGGUGGUGACGUCAGCAGGGGAGAGAAGUAGUCCUGAACCACAGCUGGUUAGUGGACACUUCCUGCCACCCUGGCCUUGCCCUCGGGAAGACAGAACAUCCAGCAUGAUGGCCCCCCAGCCUCCCAGGGCAGGAGGGGCACGGCUCCAAGGCCACUCUGUGCUGGAGUUCAAGGUGAGGGCUUUGAAGGCGAAGAUGACAGCAGGUAAACAGGGCACCAGCCCCUGCCCCACUUCCCAUGAACGGCCAUCCCCCAGGAAACCCAAAUGCAGACAAGUGGAGGCAGGCGGAGCCAGCACUCGGUCAGAGGGGGCUUUCCUGCCAGAUGCCGCGGUGGUCCCUCCUGCUCAGCACCUCACUGCCGGGCAGCUGAACAGCAGCAUCCAUGAGGAGGAACCUGCGAGGAAUGGGGGACUCAGGCCUCCCAGGCCACCUGCCCCCGAGUGUGAGUGCUGGAACAGGCCUCCAGAAGCAAUGUGGACAUGCCCGGAUGGUGAGAGGGGUCUGCUGCCAGGGCCUGGCUCUUUGCCAGAAAGCCCCGUCCACAGAGUUACUCCAGGCCAGCCUGGGGGUCCCGGGUCUGGUCACAGAAUCACCCAUGUUCCCAGCCCGAGGAAAGGAAGCUCUUCCCCAAUUCAAGAUUGUUUGGCCACAGAGGGAGACCUGGACAGCACAUCCCUGACUUCUGAGGAGGACUUUGUCCCCAGGACAGCCCUGCUGGGGGUUCUCUGGAGCGCUGGAGGCAGUGCCCUGUCCCUGUCUGAGCGGGUGGAGAGGAGCCGCCUGCUGCUGCAGGAGAUGCUGAGUGUUUCCAGGCGGAGCCCCUCCCAGGGGGGAGUCCCAGCCAGGACUCCAUGCCGGGGCAGAGCUGCAGCAGAGCGACCAGCGGGGGACGUGGACUGGGACUCGGGCAGCUCCCUGCAGGACUCAGAGCAGAACAGGACCUUUGGUCCGAAGCCGGAGCCCGUGCUGAGCGCCAGGCAUGAGGAAGCCCAGCAUCUGCUGCAGCGUGCCCGCAUGAAGGCCAGGACCCGGCCCCUCCGUGCCAGCCACGACAUCGUGCCCAUCGCUGCCCCCAGCGGCCGAGAUGGCCAGAGGAGCCCAGCCCCGGACCCCAGGGUGCCCUGCGCCUGCAGAGACGGCCUCCAGAACGGGCACGUGAGUGACUCCUCCAGCGGCGAGUCCAGCAGCGGGCAGAGGCCGAAGCGGGGCCCGUCGCCGUCGCACGUCCGCUUCGAGGAUGAGUCUGCGGGCGAGGCGGAGGUCCGCUACCUGGAGCGGCUGCAGCAGCGCCAGCGCCAGGCGCUGAGCACGGCGCUGCAGGCCGCGGACCAGGGUCCCCUGCGCUCCAAGCCGGACCUCGCCGACUACAUCAACGGGGGCCCCCGGCUCCGGGAUGUGGGGAAGGCGGCGGUGCACGGGCUUGUGGGCAGCCUGGACCGCAGGGGCAGCGGGAGUAUGUGCCAAGCCUGUGGCAGCUCUACGGAGAACCGCCGCCCGGCCCAGGGGAAGGCACUCCCUGACCCCAGGGUGCUCCGGGAGCUCCAGGCUGCCUGUGGGAUGGAGGGGGUGCUGGCGGAUCCACUAGGCUCCCGUGGCCUGUGCUUCCCUCUCCAGCUCCUCCCUGAGUGGAUCCGGGAAACACACAUUGGAGAUCCCGUGCGCCCUGAGGGGGUGGACCCUGCACGGGGCAGCAGCGACACUGGGGACAGCUGCAGGACCUCUCCCGCCAGCCCGGCAUGUGGGCAGACGCUGGGCAUGAGCCCUCGACUGCGGGGCUCCCGGUCCCCAGAAGGCCACGGGUGGGCCAGGAAGGCUGACAUGGAACUUCCCUGGGGCCUUCAGGCCCAGCGUCACCUCCCUGGGGUUGAUGCCGUGGAGGUGGAAGAUGAAGUGAAGGAAAGCAGAGGACACACACCUGAGGGGACUCUGUUUCUGAGAGAAGAUGCUGUCCCUACACCUCCUGCCCUGGACUCUAAGCCCGAAUCCCUGGCGUCCCAGUGGCAGCCUGGUCCAGGACUGGGAAAUCACUGGGCUCACCCUGCGGAGUCCUGGGCUCCAUGCGGGACAGCCCAUGCCAUGACCUCUUCCAUGAAGACUGGGCCCUCAGGGCCAGGCAGCCAAGCCCAGGUUGUAGAAAGUCACAAGUCUCUGGAAAUCGUCUCCACUUCCUCCCUGCAACAGAGCAAUGCAGAGCCCUCUGCCCCUCACCAAGCCCAGCAGCCACCAGCUUCCCUCUGCCGCGAAGGCUGGGUGCCGACCCCUCCUCCUCCCAGGAAAACCACCUCCCCUGUGUCUCACAGGAAAGUGGGCCUGGUUGGACCCCGCAGGCUGGGUGACCAGGGACAGCCUGUGGCUUCUUCAAGAAGUGUGGCUCUCGGGACCUGCGAGCACACCUCGCCACAGACCCAGCCCUGCAGCCCCCGCGUCAGGCCCCCGCUGUCCACCAACAACUGUAACAACAGCGUGGCUCGGGGGCCACAGGAGCCCUGCGGAGGAGCUGGCCCCACGAGCAGGGUGGAGAGGGGCCCCUGCGGACAGGAGCCGGAGCCGCCCCCGGAGCACAGCAGAGCUGGAGGACUCCAGGGCUGUCCCGGCUCCGCAGACGUCACCAGCAUCAACGCCACGGGCAUCACCCUCUCGCUGUGCUCAGAGGAGUCAGAGCCUGGCCAGGAAAGUGAGGGAGACCCGCAGAGGACAGAGUCAGGACCUGGAGGGCAUGUGCCAUCCCGAGCACGGCCAGGGGCCGGCGCUGGACCUGGCUCACCCUCAGCCGCCCCGGCUGACAAGAGCAAGAGGAGGAGCAGCAUCGUCUCCACCCUGGGGCUGAAAAAGUUCUUCUCCGCCCUGGGCCAAAGUCCCCGGCCCAAGCUGGGCAAGUCCCGCAGCUAUAGUGUGGAGCAGCUGCACCGCACUGACACUGGCCCCCCGUCACACGCCAGAGCCCCGUCGCUACAGUCCCUGCACCUGGUGUCGCCCUCACACCAACGUCGGAAAGCUGCCUCUUUUCAGAACCUCCAUUCUCUGCUGAGCGGCAAAGGGGAUCGGUCCAGCCUCUACCUGGUAGAGGGCCCAGGGGACCACCGUGCGGCUGGCAGGCCAGCCAAGGCCCCGCCCCGGCGUGCCCUCAGCCUGGAGGACGUGGGCGCCCCCAGCCUGGCUCGCUCCGUGGGCCGCGUGGUGGAGGUCUUCCCGGAUGGCACCAGCCAGCUGCAGCUACAGCGCUCCCCGGAGGGCACUUUUGGCUUCUGUGUGGCUUCAGGGAAUGGGCGCCGCGACUCAGGGAUCUACGUGCAGGAGAUGGCGGACGUGGGCACGGCCAAGCUGUACUCGGGGCUGCUGGGGGUGGGCGACGAGAUCCUGGAGGUGAACGGGGCCAAGGUGGCGGGGCUGGGCGUGGCGCACAUUAGGGAGCUCCUGGCCCACUCGGAGAGCUUGUCAAUCCGUGUCCUGAGGCAGAGGCCUGCCCCACGGUGACCCAGAAGUGCUGUUGCCCUCAGAAGCCCUGAGCCGCCCUGGCUGGGAAUGUGCUACGCGGAGCUGCUUUGUGACAGAAACAUAGGUCUCGGUGGCCUCUGUACCCGUGGGCUGUGGAGGGCUUCUGUGGUUGACUGGCCCCCGGGAAGCAAGGAGGCUCUCUGCGUAUUGUGUUUAAGGCCACUGAUGCAGGACUGGGGAAAGAGAGUGUGGGUCUGUGGUCUCCUGAGCGGAGGUGGCGUCAACUGCCACUCGCGCCUGGGCGCAGCCUCCCUGCCUGGACGCUCCCGCCAAAGCGCCCCGGCCGCACUCCGGAGCCAAAGGUCAGGUGAUGGCACAUUAGCUGUGAGCCCUCCGGCCCCCGCCACGUUCUUCCACGCUGCCACGCAGCCCCUGCUGUUCCCCCAGCGGCGGGCAGGUGUCCGCGGUGACAGCCUUACAGCCCUGACGCAUGCUCCCGACCGGCACUCGGACCGCGUGGCCACACCAGAGCUUGUGUCCCUCCUGGGCGAGAACAUCUGGGAGCCAGAACCCUAAACAUUCCGGGAAAUCUUUAUGACGGAUACAACUGAAGUGACAGAAGGAAACCAAGACCGACUUCAGGGCAGUGCGGCUGUGGUGGCCGGGACCCAGCCCGCCGCGCCCUGCCCCUGCCG